AUGCCGCCACCAGGAGACACAACAACUGGCGAUCAGGCUACGGAAUUGGCGGAUCUCACGAAACAAAUCGGUUUGCUAGUCAACACCUUCGCAAAACUCGCUCAAGCAUCGGCAAACGCUCCGUUGACAACUACACCCACCAGUGGACACAAUCUUCUAGUGGAAUCGAUAUCAAAACGGAUUCCAAUCUUCACCUAUGAUCCAGACGACGACCAAACCUUCGACACGUGGUACGCUCGAUAUGAGGAUGUCCUGACUAAGGAUGGUGAAUCUCUAGAAGAAGGUGAGAAAUCAAGGGUAAUUCUGUCCAAACUUAGCUCGAAAGAGUACUCUCACUUCACAAAUCGUAUCCUACCGAAACUCCCGAACGAGCUCAACUUUGCGGAGCUCAUCAGCAAACUUCGAGAGACAUUCAAAUCGACAUCAUCGAUUUUCCGGAAACGCCAAGAUUUCCUCCGCACGGAAUAUUUUGGAGGAGCAAUUGAAGAGUAUACUGGACAGGUCCUCAGAAAAUUCACAUCGUCCGAAUUCAAGAAGAUGACUGAUGAUCAAGUAUGCUGUAUGGAUCAAGUCGAUGGAUACGGGAGCCGACGUCACUUUGAUCAGUACAAAAGACUGGAAUCGACUGGGUCGCCCUCAACUACAAGCACCCACAAUCCAAGUCAAAUCAGCAAAUCAUCAACCGAUAAAGGUCAGAGGAUCUUUCCAAUGCAAUUUCGUCAUAAACGGAAACGUUGCUUCGGGACAAGCACAUGUCGCCGAAACGGGUACACUCCUCGGAACCGACUGGAUCUCCAAGGAUCCUACGCUCUGGAAAACCCUAAAUCAACAAAUCUGCGCAGUAAGUUCCGAUGUUGGAUCAGCAUGCGACUACCUGGACAAACCCGCGAACAACUGAAGUCAAAUUUGGAAAAGGAAUUCAACAAUGUCUUCCAACCAGGGCUCGGUAAAUGUACCAAAACUAAAGCUUCUAUUCUGCUGAAACCAGGGGCACAACCAGUGUUAUUCAAAUUCCGUCCACCACUGGAUGCAUUAACUAAGACGGAUGCUGAAUUCAAAUGGACUUCUGAAUGCCAAUCAUCGUUUGACAACAUUAAACAAAUGCUCCAAUCGGAUCUUCUUCUCACACACUACGAUCCGAAACUGCCAAUAAUAGUCGCUGCCGACGCUUGUCAAUAUGGGAUCGGAGCAGUGAUCUCUCAUCGUUUUCCAGAUGGGUCUGAAAAAGCCAUAUACCACAUCAGUAAGGCUCUCACUGCACCACAGCGCAACUACAGUCAAAUCGAAAAAGAAGCAUUUGGACUCAUCACGGCCGUCACGAAGUUCCACAAGUUUAUUCAUGGUCGACAUUUCACACUGAAAACGGACCACAAGCCGCUCCUUUCGAUCUUCGGAGAGAAAAAAGGUAUUCCUAUUUACAGUGCAAAUAGACUCCAACGUUGGGCCACAAUCUUGCUCAAUUACGACUUCACUAUCGAGUACGUCAAUACUCACGACUUUGGACAAGCUGAUGCCCUCUCAAGACUCAUUUCCGAACAAAUCCAACAGAAGGAAUGUGAAGAUCGAGUCAUUGCCCAAGUCGAAAUGGACGUGAUUACAAAUCUAGUCAACACGUGUGAACAAUUGCCGGUGACAGCUGAAAUGGUCAAAGACUAUUCCAAAAAGGAUACACUUUUGGCAGAAAAUGAAACAGUUGGCUCGAACUCUUGUUUACUGGCCGUCAAUCUUACAAAGACAUUGAGAACAUCCACAGAAGCUGUGAUCAGUGUGCGGCAGUGUCGAAGAAUCCCAUCAAGUAACACUUUAUGCUCUUGGACUAUUUCCACAAAGCCAUGGCAACGUGUACACGUGGAUUACGCCGGACCUGUCGAAGGAACCUAUUAUCUAGUAGUUGUUGAUUCCUUCUCAAAAUGGCCAGAAAUUGUUCCAACCACAUCCACAUCAGCGGCAACCAUCAACAUUUUGCGAAAGAUGUUUGCACAGUUCGGAGAUCCGGAGACACUGGUGACCGAUAAUGGAACACAAUUCACAUCUGCUCAAUUCCACGACUUCUGCAAAGACCGAGGAAUCCAACACACUCGGUCCGCGCCAUUCCAUCCACAAUCAAAUGGACAGGCAGAACGUUUUGUGGAUACCCUUAAAAGGGCAUUAGGCAAGUUAAAGGGGGAGGGAAAUCCAGAUGCUUCCUUGUAUCUUUCCCUUCAGAGCUAUCGCUCUUCGCCUUGUACCGCCAGUCCAAAUGGCUCAUCACCCGCUGAGAACUUCAUUGGCCGGAAGAUCCGUACAUUCCUGGAUCAACUUCUCCCAACCGACCAACUUCCCAACUCGCACGACACAGAGAUGGAGAAGCAGUUCAACAACCAGCAUGGUGCACGUUGCCGCAACUUCAACGUGGGAGAUAAGGUUUAUGUUAAAGACUACCGUAGCAUAAAUACUACCACUUGGAUUCCAGGAACUAUUCAACGUCGGAUUGGGCGUACUAUGUACCGCGUCACUGUGGAAAACAACAACUUCUGGAUUAGACACACCAAUCAACUGCGCCGUCGUGACACUCCAACUUCGUUCGAUGUUCCACUCGACACUAUGGACACAAUGGACGCUAUCGAUUGGACACCGUUGUCAACAACCUGGCCCGACCGUUCACCACCGACUCCAGCGCCAAUACUUCCUGGAAGUCCCACAGCACCAUCUCCAAAACCCAUCCGGAAAUCUACAUGUACCGUCAAACCAACACCAAAGUUCGUCAUGAAGCCGAAUAAGAAAUCGUAUCAUUAA